CGAGGACGAAGUGGGCUGAAGAGCGAGACGAGCAGCAGAUAAAUACGAGACAUACAUUUCCCCUCCUUCUGCUCUUCCCUGGACCCCCAGCCCUGCUUGACCCCGUGUCUUCUUUGCCAGCCUUGGAGGGGGCACGUUUUUCGGCCUCUGCUGCCUCCUGACCGGCUGCUCCACCUUCGAAGAGGCUCUCGAAAUGGCAUCCCACGGAGACAGCACCAAAGUGGACAAACUCGUGCGGGAUAUUUACGGAGGGGACUACGAGCGCUUUGGGCUGCCCGGUUGGACCAUCGCAUCCAGCUUUGGAAACAUGAUGAGCAAAGAGAAGCGAGAUGCCGCCAGUAAGGAGGACCUGGCCCGGGCAGCCUUGAUCACCAUCACCAACAACAUUGGCUCCAUCGCACGGAUGUGCGCGCUGAAUGAGGUACAGAAUAGUGGGAGCUCAGGGGUUGAACUGUGGGGUCCUUUGGUGCUCUCUGAGCUGGGUGGUUUUCUUGCAGACGUUUCAUGACCCAACUAGGUAACAUCAUCGGGGCUAGAAGGGAGUGGGGUUUGUGGAGGAGGAGGAGGAGGCCGACUGCGGGGUCUUUGGUGGUCUCUAAACUUGGUUGCAUUCUUGCAGGCAUUUCAUGACCCAACUAGGUAACAUCAUCAGGGCUAGAAGGAAGUGGUGUG